AUGUUCAAGUCCCUGCACACCUCCCCUACCACGCUCGACCUCCAGUCCUUCGCAACCUACAUCACCCUCACCACCGCCUUCAACGAGACCCACAAUCCAUGCAGCACCACACCCACUGAGUACAUGCCCUUUGACACCCGACGGUCCAAACCAACCCAACCCAAACGCCACACGCGCACAUACUGCCCAAGGAUCACUCAUAAACGCCGCACCAUCUUCGACCAGGGCCACGACCCCAGAACAACUCACUUCACCGGCAGGCCUCUCACUGCAACCGAGAGACUACACGUAGCCCGCCAGCGCCUCCGCAAGUUCGAGAAGACGCAAUCCCGCAAAGCACAGCGGAAGACUUGGGUCCGUAACGGAAGAAUCAAUACGCCAAGCAAGCUCGAUAGGAUACACCUCAAGCUGAAGAGGAUCUUCACCGGGAACUUCUGA